AUGGAAGUUUACGUUAGAUUAAACGAUUCUAGUGAUAAGGAUUAUGCAUUCCAAUUCAGUCAAAAUGAUACUAUUAACAAUAAAGUUAGAAGUAUUUUUACAACAGAUUCACGUAAAAUUGGCCAAAAGAUUACAUUAUCUGAUUUAAUGGUAAUUAGACCAUCAAUCUUUCAUGAAUAUGAACCUGUUGAAUAUUAUAAAUCAAAUCAUCCAGGUUAUAUGACAGAAGGUGGUUGUCUACUAUUCCAUUUUAGUGCAGGUGACGAUAAAAAUUUAGAAAAAUUAGACUAUGAUAAACCAUUAAUUGAUCAAAUGUGGCCAGGUCAAUUAAUUGUACCAAAAUGGAAAAAAUCAAAAAAUUACGUUUCAAUUUAUGCUAUGAUUAUCUUAGUUUGGUUAUACACAGAUUUACCUGAUAUUAUUUCACCAACUCCAGGUCAUUCUUUAACAAAUACUUUAUCAAAAUUAUUAAUCCCAAUUCUUGAAAAUCAAUUAGGUCAAAAAGUUAUGGCCGCUAAAUUAAGAGAAGAAAUUGUACCAAAUUAUAAUUCUGUUGGUGCUCAAUGGGCUUUUUUCGCUUUACAUGUUUUAAAAGUUUUAUUUAUUACAUUUUUCUUCCAUUUUGCUUUAGCUAAUCCAUUUUCAUUUAAUCCAAUUAAAUUAUACAAAAUUAGAAAUGUUGAUUUAAAUCAAAAAAAUGAAAAAAUUAAAAAUUUAUUAGCUAAUUUAGGUUGGAUUGGUGCUAGAAGAGCAACUUAUGACGAUUAUCAAACAAAUUUUUAUGACUAUACAAUUAAAAAAUAUGGUGGUGUUGUUCAAGCUUAUAGAGCAGGUGCAAUUAAAACAGCCGCAGCUCCUGGUUUUGUUUUAAAUGCAGGUGAAGGUUUCCAAUCUCCAUUAGAUGAAAGAUUCACUGCUGAUACUUUUAAAAGAAUUGAUCAAGAAAAUCCAAAAUUCAUUCUAAGUGAAGAAUAUUUCAUUGAAUUAGAAAAUAACUUAAAAGAAUUAUUAGAUAAUGCUGAUGGUGACAUUGGUAAAAUGAAUACUGAAAUUAGAAGAUUCAGAAGAUAUGGUAUGUAUGAACCAAGUGAAAAAUUAAAACAUUUAGUUGAAGUAAGAAAGGAAAUCUACAAAAAGGACAAAGAAAUCGAAGAAGGCAAGAAAACUGCAAACAAAAAGAAAGAUUAA